AUGACCAACAAACCCGACAAAGGAAAGGGCAAGGAGGUCGAAGGACCGAGUGGUCCGCUUCCGGCCCAAACCAACGUCACCAACGCCAACGGUGACAACCCUGCUCAGGAGCAUGCUGCCCAGGAGCAUCCCACUCAGGGAGUCACCACCGCCCUGGAGAAUCUCGCCUUGGAGUCUCCCGCCCAGGUGACUCCCGCUCAGGCACCUCCCGCUCAGGCACCUCCCGCUCAGGCACCUCCCGCUCAGGCGACUUCCGCCGCGGCGAUUUCCCUUCAAGGGACUUCCUUUGAUGCCACUCCGGCUCCCACUGAGGGAACCCUUCAGCCUUGGCAGAUUGCGGCCUUGGAAAAGGCAAGAACCCCUCUCCCCGAUUCCCGUCCCCCGACUGCCUCGGGCAGCUCGACCCAGGCAACGCACCCGUCGUGA